AUGGGACGACGGUCCGACGGUGGGUCUGCGGUCGUGGUCGGACAGGGCGACAAAUCCACCGGGACGGAGGAAGGCCUAGAGAACCACCCGGAGGAUCGCUCGUCGAAUCGGAGGGUUCCACUCGAGGCGCACAUCAUGAGUAAAUGCCCGGAUGCCCAGGCUUGUCUCCAGCAGCUGGUUGUGCCGGCCAUGGAGCAGAUCAGCGACAAGGUGGACUUUGGCUUGUCGUUUAUUGCUAAUGUAUCCAGCGGCUCGUCGGAGAUCAAGUGCAAGCACGGCCCCGGGGAGUGCGUGGGCGAUAUGAUCAUCCUCUGCGCGGCGAACCUGCCGUUCCCGCCAGACGGGAGCGACGAGGGCGCGAAGACCCCGACUAUUCGGUCGCUGGGAUUCGCUAACUGUCUCAUUGGCGAGUAUGAAGAUAUCCCUGGGCGCCCGUUGGUCGAGAAGUGCGCCGCGCAGCAUGGGAUUGAUUUCGACGCUCUGAACCGCUGUGCGAGCAAUCAGGAUGAUGAUCCGAAUGAUCCUGAUAAGCUGAGCGGGCUGGCCCUGCUGCGGAAGAGUGCCCUUCGGAGCGCAAAGCUGAAGGCUGGCAUCAGCUGUACGGUCCGGUUGGAUGAGUCUGUCUGGUGUGUUCGUGAUGGUGGAGUCUGGAAGGACUGUGUUAAGGGUGGUAAGGCGAGUGAGGUGUCGGUGCUGGUUGAGGAAGUCAACCGGCUUUAUGAUGAGAAGAAUUAG